AAGACAUCUCCCGCGUUCCUAGUUGAGCGGAAAUAGAAAGACUGUUUUUCCUCUAUUUAAGCGCGCCAACAAAGACUUCUCCCCAGAACUUGAAUCGCCGUCACAUAGUUGGCACAGUUUGCUGGCUUUUUUUUGUUUUGUUUUGGUUUUUUUUUGGCCAAUCCCUGUCGUCCUUCCGAGCCUCCGAAAGAUGCCAGAGGAAACGUCCGGCGCGUCCAGCUCUGAGAGCAGCGUGGACGAGAAGCCGUGCUCCUCGUCAGCAGCCGCGACAGGCAGUUCUGUAGACGUCAUGGAGGAGGCAAAGAAGCUCAUCGGCACAGGGAACAGGCAUCUCGUGAUGGGCGACGUCGUCUCUGCAGUCGGUGUCUUUCAGGACGCGUGCAGCAUGUUAGCUGCCAGGUAUGGAGACACUGCAGAUGAGUGUGGCGAGGCAUUUUUCCUGUGUGGGAAGUCCCUGCUUGAGCUUGCCAGGAUGGAGAACGCGGUCCUUGGCAAUGCCCUCGAAGGAGUCCCUGAAGAAUCUGAAGAUGAGGAGCAGCCUUGUAAUUCAAAUAUUGAAAGUGCCAAUAACCUUGACGAAAACACUCGUGAUGAGCUACGAAAGCAGGUGUAUGAUGCAAUGGCGGAGAAACCUGAGCCGGUAGUAACCAAAGCGCAGUCAGAGGAUGGUCAGAGCAGCAUUGAGGUGAAGCAGGAAAAUGGUCUUGCAGAGUCUCCAACCAAACAAGCUGGGGGUGACUUUGGAAAGCACUCUGCUUCCCAAUUAAAUGGAGCGGAGAAGAGUCUGGUUGAGGAAGCGCAACUGAAUGGAGUCGUGAAUGGUGCUGGGGAAAGUCUCAUAGACAGCAUGGCAAAGACUCAAGAGCCGAAUGGUGAGAAGACUGAGGCUGACGAAGAAAACGGCGACUCCAAACCUGAGGAAGAAGCAGAGGAUGAUGAUGAUGACGAUGAUGAAGAUAAGGAAGGGGACAGAAAUGGUGACAAGGAGGAGGAUGAAGUUGGCAAUCUGCAAUUGGCUUGGGAAAUGUUAGAGGUGGCAAAGGUCAUCUAUAAGAGAAAGGAAGGCAAAGAAGACCAGCUCAUGGCAGCCCAGGCCUUCUUGAAACUUGGAGAAGUUGGUGCAGAAACAGGCAACUAUCAUCAGGCACUAGAUGACUUCCAGGAGUGUUUGACCCUGCAGCUCAAGCAUCUUCCUCCACACAGUCGUCUGUUGGCUGAGACCCAUUACCAUGUUGCCACAAUGCUGUGCUACAUGGAUCACUACAGCCAGGCCAUACAGCACUACAACAGUUCCAUAAAAGUGAUUGAAUCCCGCCUGGCCAUGUUGCAGGACUUGAUCGAUGCUGCAGAGGGCACCGAAGGGUUGACAGAGGCGAAGACUGAGCUGGAAGAACUGAAGCAGCUUCUGCCUGACAUUCGAGAAAAAAUAGAAGAUGCUGAAGAGACUCAGAAAACAGCCAGUGCUGCCUCCCAGGCCAUCCAGCAGACACUUGGUGGCGCGUCAACUUCAUCAGCGUCCCUGAGUGAAAAUGGCUGCCCUUCUUCAGGCUUUGCUGCCCCCACACAGGUCCUGGUGAAAUCAACUGAUGGUGUGAUGUCUUCCAAAGUGGCCACAGACAUCUCCCACCUAGUCAGGAAAAAGAGGAAACCAGAGGAGAGCAGCCCAGUAAAGGACACUGAUGCUAAGCAGGCCAAACAGGAAGCUACAUUUAAUGGCAGUGGAAACUCUAGUGCCAACAAAGGAGUUGAGAAGCAAACUUCACAGGAGCCUGCUGUCCAGUCGGCCUCUGUCCAAUCUUCAGCGUGACGAGUUGCAGCUUUCGUGCUCUUUCAAGACCAGCAUGCUAACCCAACUGCGUUAUUCAAACACUUGUUGUACAUAAGAUCCAUUUUCAUAGAUUUGUCUGUCCAGUUUUGUACACUUGCAAUAAAAUGUUUUGCAAUUGCA